UGCCUCAUUAUUGCCAGGCAUACAACGCUCCAAUUUGCAAUUCAUUAGUUGAGCUCUGAAAGUCAAUUUGAACGUUGGUGGUUUGGGAAUUGUUCGAAUUAGUUCUAUUCUAAGUGAUGUUAAUCUUUUGUUGGUGACAUUUUUAACAAAUGUUAAACUGUUUUGAGUUUUGUUUGAAAGAUAAAAGUAAGAAUAGAAAGCAAGAAAUGAAAUUUUUGCACAGCGUGUUGAUUGUACUUGUUAGUUUAUGUGUAAAGUGUGAUUGUGACGAUGGAUGGCAAAUCAGAGCAAAAGAAGUUGAAGACAAAUUUGAAUGGCUCGGUAGAAAGGCCAAGACAAAAGACGAUGCAUUCCCGGAUAUUGAGAAUAUUUUGAAUGAAUGCAAAGCAAAAUUAGGGAAAAGUGCUCUAGACAAAGUCAAUGCCGCAGUGGAAUUGUUGAAACUAUUAUCGGUACUUCAUGGCCGAGACCAAUAUUGUGGGUCCAAUACUUUUAUCGCUGAUCAAACUUCCAAGGCCCACCAAUUUUGGACGAUUUACGCCGAAUUGAUGGAGAACAUUGUGACAAAUUCGCUCGAUAACAUUCAGGAGGCAAUUUCGAAUGAAGGCUCAUACAAGUCAAUUUUCAAAUUGUCAGACGUCUACAGCCUUAUAGACCAGUUGAAUGGUUUAGUGAGAACAGCAAUGGAUACAGAUUCAAGUUCGGAUGACCUAUUUGAACCGUUUGAAUGGACAAUUCCCGUGCUCAUGGUCUUUCUUGAAGAUGCACUGCAAUCAUCGGAGUUUGAAACUUCACCAUAUUUUUCGGGACCAAGUUUACCUUUUAUGGUCGAAACAGCCAACGCAAUGGUUGCCAUUGCUAAUGGAGCAAAUCAAAAGACCUAUCAACCAAGAUUCAACGCAAAAACAUUUGAAAAAUUACUCCAAGAAGAACCGACGGAGGAAUCAAAACUCAAAUGGCAUAGACGGAAUUUCAAAUUCUACACGCAAAACGAGCGAGAUGUUUCUAAACAAGCGUAUGCAGGCAAUCGAUCUGAUAUUCCAAUUGUAGCUGCAUUUUGUAUAUUACAUCGAAUUUCCGAUGAAGGCUUUGAUCUUAAGAGUGCACUUGGCAGAGAGCAAAUUCUAGACCUUUUUGCAAUUGCCGAACUUCGUGAGACAAAAAGCCGGCCAAUUCAGUAUUUUACGGAGUGGUUAAGAAAGACCACUGAUAUUAGUGACAAUGAGAUAUUCGCACAUUUAAAUAUAUGCAAAGAAGCUCGAGAAUUGCGUGACAGUCAAAUCGCAUCAUUUCCAAUGGAUCAAUGCCUUAACAAUACAGAAUUAUUGAUGGCUCGUUUACGAUUCGUUCCGAUCAGCUGGGAACAAAUCUAUGGUCCUUUCGCCACUUUUUACUAUCGAUUGGUAAAACAUGUUGUAGAAACAGAUCAGUGGCUGAACUUUGAAGGAUUCUUUGCUCACCUGAAUAAAAUGGGAGUGAAAAUUGACGUUCGACCACCUGGAUCAGAAUAUGAAGCCAAUAUGAAGGAAAUUGAAGAGUUGAUGAUCAAAGUGCUUUUAAGACUGAAUGACGUCUCUAAAACACCAACGUCAAUUGAAACUGGAACAACCUUAAUAUUCUCAAUGUUGCUCUUUAAUGCAGCAGAUGAAGUUACUGAUCUGGCUCCAUUGGACGUAUCUCCAGGAAUUAAACAUUCUGCUAUGAAAGUCUUUAGAUUGAUUGUCGAUUUAGUGCGAAGUGGUGAAAUUGAAUUAUUUCAGAAUAGUUCACUCUUCCGAGCGGAAUUGCGUGAAUUCAUUAGAAACCUUUCUCGGAUGGCCGAUGAAUUACUACCGAUAACUAGUGAUGAUUCUAGAAUUUUGCGAGAACGAGUACCAGCAGAUAGGAAAAGUGAUCGGGCUUAUUUCAUUUUCUACAUGAAUAUCGCCUAUGGGUUUUCAUUGACGUUCAAUGAAGAUAUUGUGACGACUAAUAUGAUUGAAUCGAUGUUCAAACUGCAACCACUUCAUUAUGAACAAAGCGAUGAGUCGAUUGUUUACGAGAAGAUUCAAUUUCUCAGUUCAUGUGGACGUCGAGUCGGUAAAAUCAUUGGGAAACACUUUGAACCAGAGAUUUUGAUAACAAAUUUCCGAGAUCUUCUCCGCUGCUACACAAAAAUGGAAUUUGUCCAACAAUAUACCCCUGAAUAUAAAGACUUCAACGUGUUGUACAUGGACAAAAUACGCUUUAAACGUGGCAUCAUUGAAGCAUUGUAUGCAAUCAUCGCUAACACAGAACAUAUAUCUGAAUUAAAAGAACACCAGAAUAUGAUGAGACAGCUUAACUUAAUCACUGACAGUUUUUUGCGAGAGAAUUCAGCUGAUUUGCCAAAAGAUCUUGAGUUGCUAUUUGCAAAAAGUAAAAAGAAAUUGAAAUAGAUUUUUUUUAUUCGGUCAAAGUCGUUAUUGAUAUCAAAUGAGAAGAAAAACUGUCAAAAUCAAUUUUCGUACCGAAAGUGAAAACACCAUGCAUUUUACGAUGUCAUUUCCAAUUUUUAUUUAUAACUAAAUUAAGGAAAUAAAUUUUUAAAAUCA